AUGGAGAAGUACCUGAAGCUGAGGUCCCCUUCUGUAAGACUUACCCAUCAGCAUGUGCAUCGACAAAUGGUGUCAUACCAGUACUCUCCUACUGUCAACGGUAUUACAAGCACUACCCGAAAUUCUGCAGUGGUACAAAAAUCGAAAAAGAUUUGCUGCAGUUCUGCUUUGCUUUUGAGCAAUUCUGCCUGCCUGAGUUGA